AUGGGGGAGGUGGAGCCGGGACCCGCGGGCCCGCUUGAGCCCCCGGAGCCGCCUGAAGCGCCCGCGAGCCGUCGGCCGGGCGGGAUUCGGGUCCUGAAGAGAAAUAUGAAGCGCAAUGGGAGCAGAAAUUGCUUGAAUAGGAGAAGUAGGUUUGGUUCACGGGAGAGAGACUGGCUGAGAGAAGAUGUGAAGAGAGGCUGUGUUUACCUGUAUGGAGCGGACACGACCACUGCCACGACCACCUCCGCUUCCUCUGCCGCCGCCGCCUCCUCCGACCUACAUCUUGUCCUUUGCACAGUAGAGACACCGGCAUCAGAAAUUUGUGCUGGAGAGGGAAGGGAAAGUCUUUAUUUGCAGCUUCAUGGAGACCUGGUCAGGAGACUGGAACCUACUGAACGACCUCUUCAGAUUGUUUAUGAUUACUUAUCCAGACUGGGGUUUGACGACCCUGCACGAAUACAAGAGGAGGCAGCAAAUCCUGACCUUGGCUGUAUGCUCCGAUUUUAUGGUGAAAAACCAUGCCAGAUGGAUCAUCUGGAUCGAAUCCUUCUGUCUGGCAUCUAUAAUGUACGCAAGGGAAAGACCCAGCUGCAUAAGUGGGCCGAACGCCUGGUUGUUCUCUGUGGCACCUGCCUCAUUGUGUCCUCAGUGAAGGAUUGUCAGACUGGGAAAAUGCACAUAUUGCCUCUGGUUGGGGGAAAGGUAGAAGAAGUGAAGCGACGUCAGUACUCUCUCGCAUUCAGCUCAGCUGGAGCCCAAGCGCAGACCUAUCUUGUCAGCUUUGAGACUUUGGCUGAGUACCAGAGGUGGCAGCGGCAAGCUUCCAAGGUGGUGUCCCAGCGCAUCAGUACCGUCGACCUCUCGUGUCACAGCCUUGAGGAGGUUCCUGAGCAUCUCUUCUACAGUCAAGAUAUCACCUACCUCAACUUGCGACACAACUUCAUGCAGUUAGAAAGACCAGGGGGCCUUGACACUUUCUACAAAUUUUCUCAGCUGAAGGGCCUGAACUUGUCCCAUAAUAAGCUUGGGUCAUUUCCUGUAUUGUUAUGUGAAAUUCCUACCCUCACUGAGCUCAACCUUUCCUGUAAUGGAUUCCAUGACCUGCCGAGUCAGAUUGGCAGUCUGCUGAAUCUUCAGACCCUCUGUCUUGAUGGUAACUUCCUGACCACUUUACCUGAAGAACUGGGAAAUCUGCAACAGCUUUCCUCCCUGGGAAUUUCCUUCAACAACUUUAGUCAAAUUCCCGAGGUUUAUGAGAAACUCACUAUGUUAGAUAAAGUGUUUAUGGCCGGAAACCAAGUGGAAGUGCUAAACCUGGGGGUGCUGAACCGGAUGAGCCAUGUCAAACAUGUGGAUUUGAGGAUGAACCAUCUAAAAACCAUGAUUAUUGAGAAUCUGGAGGGAAAUAAAUACAUCACCCACAUGGAUUUGCGGGACAAUCAGCUGACUGACUUAGAUCUUAGCUCCUUGUGCAACUUGGAGCAGCUGCAUUGUGAGCGGAACCAGCUGAGGGAGCUGACGCUCAGUGGCUUCUCCCUUCGAACUCUCUACGCCAGUUCGAACAGACUGACAGCAGUGAGUGUCUAUCCAGUACCCAGUCUGCUCACGUCUCUCGAACUCUCCCGAAACCUGCUAGAGUGUGUCCCUGACUGGGCCUGUGAAGCAAAGAAGAUAGAAAUAUUAGAUGUGAGCUAUAAUCUCCUGACAGAGGUUCCCAUGAGAAUCCUUAGUAGCUUGAGUCUUAGGAAACUAAUGGUGGGACACAAUCACGUGCAGAGCCUUCCCAUGCUGGUGGAGCACAUCCCUCUGGAGGUGUUGGAUGUCCAGCAUAACCUGCUCACCAGGCUGCCAGAUACUUUCUUCUCUAAGGCCUUAAAUCUCAGAUACUUGAAUGCAUCCGCAAAUAGUCUGGAGUCUCUGCCAUCUGCCUGUGCUGGGGAGGAGAGUCUGAGUGCGCUACAGCUGCUCUACCUGACCGACAACCUCCUGACAGACCAGUGUGUGCCCGUCCUGGUGGGGCAUCCGCGCCUGCGCAUCCUGCAUCUUGCAAACAACCAGCUACAGAUGUUUCCUGCAAGCAAACUAAAUAAAUUGGAGCAGUUGGAGGAACUGAACCUAAGUGGUAACAAGCUUAAAACCAUCCCCACGACCAUUGCGAACUGCAAAAGGCUGCACACUCUGGUGGCCCACUCCAACCACAUCAGUAUUUUUCCGGAAAUACUGCAGUUGCCUCAGAUCCAGUUUGUAGACCUAAGUUGCAAUGACUUGACCGAAAUCCUGAUUCCAGAGGCUCUCCCUGCUACUUUACAAGACCUGGACCUGACUGGAAAUACAAAUCUGGUUCUGGAACACAAGACACUGGACACAUUUAGCCAUAUCACCACCCUGAAAAUUGAUCAGAAACCUUUGCCAACAACUGAUUCUACAGUUACAUCAACCUUCUGGAGCCAUGGACUGGCUGAGAUGGCAGGGCAGAGAAACAAGUUAUGUGUAUCUGCUCUAGCUGUGGAUAACUUUGCAGAGGGGGUGGGAGCUGUGUAUGGCAUGUUUGAUGGUGACCGGAACGAGGAGCUCCCUCGCCUCCUCCAGUGUACCAUGGCGGACGUGCUUUUGGAAGAGGUGCAGCAGUCAACAAAUGACACAGUUUUCAUGGCUAACACCUUCUUGGUAUCUCACAGGAAAUUAGGAAUGGCUGGCCAGAAACUAGGCUCUUCGGCUCUCCUUUGUUAUAUCCGUCCUGACACUGCCGAUCCAACGAGUAGCUUUAGCUUGACUGUGGCUAAUGUUGGCACAUGCCAAGCAGUCCUGUGUCGAGGUGGGAAGCCAGUGCCACUCUCUAAAGUCUUCAGCCUGGAACAGGACCCCGAGGAGGCUCAGAGGGUGAAGGACCAAAAAGCCAUCAUAACAGAGGACAACAAAGUGAAUGGGGUGACUUGCUGUACCCGGCUGCUGGGCUGUACAUACCUCUACCCUUGGAUCCUCCCCAAGCCCCACAUAUCUUCCACUCCACUCACCAUUCAGGAUGAGCUGCUGAUUCUGGGAAACAAAGCAUUGUGGGAACACUUGUCAUAUACAGAAGCGGUCAAUGCAGUACGUCAUGUGCAAGACCCAUUAGCAGCUGCCAAGAAGCUGUGCACAUUAGCCCAGAGCUAUGGUUGUCAGGACAAUGUGGGGGCGAUGGUGGUUUAUUUGAACAUUGGUGAGGAAGGCUGUACUUGUGAAAUGAAUGGGCUUACGCUGCCAGGUCCUAUGGGAUUUGCUUCAACCGCCAUCAUCAAGGACCCACCCAAGCCGACCACUCCUUCCUCCAGCAGUGGUAUUGCCUCUGAGUUCAGUAGCGAGAUGUCCACUUCAGAGGUGAGCAGUGAGGUGGGGUCCACUGCUUCUGAUGAACAUAACACUGUUGGCCUGGAUGCUGGCUUACUUCCAAGGCCAGAGAGGCGCUGCAGUCUCCACCCAGCACCCACCUCGGGGGUGUUCCAGCGCCAGCCCUCUUGUGCGACUUUCUCAAGUAACCAGUCUGACAAUGGCCUGGACAGUGAUGAUGACCAGCCAGUAGAAGGGGUCAUAACAAACGGCAGCAAGGUGGAAGUAGAAGUAGAUAUCCACUGCUGUCGGGGGAGGGAUCUUGAGAACUCACCCACCCUUCCAGAGAAUUCUCCUGCCCCAUGCCCUGAGGACCGUGCUAGAGGAUCAUUAUUUGGGAUCCGAAGACAGAACAGUGUGAACAGUGGCAUCCUCCUGCCAGUGAGCAAAGACCGGACGGAGUUACAGAAGUCUCCCUCCACUUCCUGUCUCUAUGGAAAGAAGCUCUCCAAUGGCUCUAUCGUACCCCUGGAAGACAGCCUGAACCUCAUCGAGGUGGCCACCGAAGCACCCAAGAAGAAGACCGGCUAUUUUGCUGCCCCAACUCAGCUGGAGCCAGAGGACCAGUUUGUCAUACCUCAUGACCUAGAAGAAGAAGUGAAGGAGCAAAUGAAACACCAUCAGGAAAGCAGGCACGAGCCUGAGCCCAGUGAAGAGGAUCGGACCGAGCUCUCGGAGGAGUUUGACACGGCGCUGUAG